CAACUGAUACGCUCGUAUUUCCAAAUUGUGCGCAAGAACAUUCUUGACUCUGUGCCAAAGGCAAUCAUGAACUUUCUGGUCAACUACGUGAAAGAUAAUUUGCAGUCGGAGUUGGUGAGCAAUUUAUACAAGAACGAUGAAUACGACGGACUGCUGAAAGAGAGCGAGAACGUGGCGCAACGGCGAAGAGAGGCGUUGGAGAUGCUCAAGGGACUUCAACGUGCCAAUCAGAUCAUCAGUGAGGUUCGGGAGGCCCCGAUGUGGUAA